AUGUUGCGUUACUCUUCUCCAAUGAAUCCUCAUGCUGCGGCAUGCCCUCCCAUGGAGCACUCCUACUCGACCAGCAGUGAGGAGUCCAUGCAGUCUCCGAUGGGAUACUAUGAUGUGUACAGCAUGGCGAGCAAUGAUUUUGAGCUCUACCACGCCCAGUCCAACGCAUCCUCGUAUUCUUCCUCCUAUCCAUCUUCCAACUAUUCCUACUCCUCCUCAUUCGGCUCCUCCUACGACUCGGGCUCUUUCGAGGCGUCUUCCUACGACUCUGCCUCCUACGACUUUACCACGCCUCCGCCCGUCUACUGCCCACCGGAUCUCAAUCCACAGUUCGCCCCACAGUACUUUUCCUCCCCCGUUCCGGGCACCUGGCCCACUCCCCCUGCGCAGGUCGCCCCUGUGGAGGAUUUCCCCUACCCUCCACUGGAGACCCACUUCACGCCGUGCGAGACAGCUAAACCGGCGAAGCCCUACGUCUGUGAGUGCGGCCGGGCGUUCACUCGACCGGCGGACCUGAAGCGGCACGAGUCCAGCGUCCACAACCCUGUCUUCCAGGACUGCCCGGUGCAGGGAUGCAUCCGCAAGGACAGCAAUGGUUUCCCGCGUCGAGACCACUUGAUUGAGCAUCUGCGGUCGUACCACCAUCUCAACGUGCCGAAGCGCCGUGCGGCUACUAAGCGGGUGGCAAAGGCGGCUUAA